AGUAUAAAUAUACGUGUAUACGUGUAUCUAGCACCAGGAAGCAUCGAAGCAAGAAAGUAAGCAUGUCAGGGCCAGAAUGUUGCUCAAAUCCACCAACUCUGAAUCCAAGUGCAGGAUCUGGUCACGUUGAAAAGAUCGGUGCUCUCAAUGCUUACAUCGCCGGUUCUCCAAAUUCCAACCCCGCCGUUCUUUUUGCCUCCGAUAUUUUUGGAUAUGAAGCGCCUAAAUUUAGGAAGCUUGCAGACAAAGUUGCAGCUGCUGGUUAUUACGUGGUUGUUCCGGACUUCCUUAAUGGUGAACCUUACAAUCCUGAGAAUCCUAAUAGGCCCAUGCCUGUUUGGAUUAAAGAUCAUGGAACGGACAAAGGUUUUGAAGAUGCAAAACUCAUAAUUGAAGCCAUAAAAAGUAAAGGUGUUGCAUCUGUCGGGGCUGCUGGAUUUUGUUGGGGUGCUAAGGUUGUUACCGAGCUUGCGAAAUCCAAACUUAUUGAAGCUGUUGUGCUAUUGCAUCCAUCAUUUGUCUCUUUGGAUGACAUAAAGGGUGUUGACAUUCCAAUUUCUAUACUUGGAGCUGAGAUUGACCUACGUUCUCCUCCAGAGCUUGUGAAACAGUUUGAAGAAACCCUUACUGCUAAUUCUGUGACAAGUUUUGUGAAAAUAUUUCCUAAAGUUUCACAUGGUUGGACUGUGAGAUACAAACCAGAGGAUGCAGAAGAAGUGAAGGCUGCAGAGGAGGCACAUCAGGACUUGCUGAACUGGUUUGCUAAAUAUCUCAAGUGAGCAAUCUUUGUCAAUUGAUAUCGUCUCGAUCUACGUGUGCAGUGCAGUAUGCAACAUGCUGCACAUUCCAUAAAGCCUCAGUUUACCUAAAAAUAAAGGCUGUAUUGUUUCGUGUUAGACAUGGAUUAUAGAUAAGUUCAGCAGUGCGUUUACGUAAAAAUAAAUAAAAAUUUAAUGUUCUUUCGUGUGGACAGUUGAAAUUUUUGAUAUUAAGAAAUCAUAUUUUAAGACUUA